AUGUCAACUUCAAAUACACUGUUUGAGGAUGAGGAAAUUGAUAGUAAUCCAUGUCGCGGCAGUUUUGAUUGCGACAUCGACCAAUGGUGCCACGGCAACCAUUGUGACCUGCCCUGUCCCAGGAAGAACUGUACCGAGAUCAAGCCACCAGAUGGAGAGUGUGUCGUCAGAGACCACCUUCCAGUCUGCAAAAGCCCAGCUGAGCUGGAAUUCGAGCAAGAAUUGCGAGACAGCGGAGGCUGCCUUAAUAAUGAUGAUUGCGAGGAAAAUGAAUGGUGCAUGUACGCAGUUUGUGAGGACGCAUGCGCACAACUCAACUGCGCAGCUCAACAAGACGAUUUCGAAUGUAAAGUGGAAAAUCAUCAACCAAAGUGUUACUCAACAGAGAUCGAGGCUGGAGAUAUUCCAGACGAAUUAGUUGGACUAGGAGGAUCCUGCACUAGUAGUUUCCAAUGCCAGGACCACUUGAACUGCCUGAAAAGCGAGUGCCAAAACCCGUGCGGAGCAGAGUGGUGUGACGAAUUCAACCUGGACGAACCACCAGCUAACUUCACGGAAGGCCAAAAACUCUGGCUCAGCAUGCACAAGGAUGUCAUAUGGCAGUGCCUGGUGUGGAUGCAUCAUGCCGAGUGUGUCAUAAGAGACAAUCCCGCCAUUAGUGGUUUCAACCAAAUUUAGCCACGCUGAUUCACGUUGAAUCCAGAGAGUACAGAAUGUUACAUAAAGUCUCCAGGCAAUGAAUGUUCAAUGCUGUGCAAAGGCUAAAAGUAAACUUUGUACUCGUAAUAUUUUUCAAAGUUUUCCGAUUUGAAUAUCAUCAAGCAUUCAAAAUUAAAAAAUUUUCUCAGGAAAACAUUUUUUUUCGAUCAUUACUUUUUGAGAUAUAGCGCCUGAAGUUUAAAGUUUUGGGACAGAACAUUUCAAAUUCGGUAAGAUAUAAAUCCAUGAGAUUUCGAUGAUGGAUUCUUCAUUGUAUUGUUGAUCUAGUAAAACGAAAAUUUUCUGAAAAUAUCAAUUUUUGAAAAAGUUAUUCAAUUUACCAAAAAUAGCUCGACUAAAAGUUAUUUUUGGUUAUUUUUAGUAAAUUGAAUAACUAUCUUAAAAUUGAUAUUUUCAGAAAAUAUCUGAUUUACUAUAUCAAAAAUACGAUGAAGAAUCCAUUCUCUAAAUCUCAUGGAUUUAUCUCUUACCGAAUUUGAAAUGUUCUGUCCCAAAAAUUUAAUCUUUAGGCGCUCAUAUCUCAAAAAGUAAUGAUCAGAAAAAAAUUUCCUGAGAAAACUUUUUCAUUUUGAUAGCUUGAUGAUAUACAAAUCGAAAAACUUUGAAAAAUAUCACGAGUAGAAAAUUUAUUUUUAGCCUUUGCACAGCCUUAUAAAAAGGUAUAGCCUGGAAGGAAGAGUUUAGAACAGAAUUUUUGACCCCGUAGUUCUGUUAAGGAAAGUAAGGCGGUGAACAUAUGGAAGUAAAGAAUUGAAAUAUCAAAUUGGAGAUGUUCUAUGAGCUACAUAUUGAAAUUACUGAGAUAUUGCAUUAUUCAAAUGCUAAUGAAUUAAUAAUUAUCUAUGAACUCAUAAUCAGUAUGGAUUUUUCCAUCUAUUUUCAAGAAAUGAUAAGAGCAAGAAUAGUAAAAAAUGGAGGCAAACGUUUUUUUUUUCAAAAAUGUCAUUCCUUCAAGAGAUGAUAUCUCAAAAACUAUAGAAGAUAUAGAAAAUUUUGUGUAAUGAACAUUGUAGGAAAUUAUGUGAGCAUCAAUUUUGUAUUAAAAGAUACAUAGUUUUCAAGUUAUAUGCGGGAAACCAAAAAACGGUACCUUUGAACUAACCUCAGCCCCUUAGCAUAGGAGGUAGGGGUGGAAAGUUCUGUUAUAACAGAACUAAACAUAACUGCGGGGUCAAAAAUUGUCCUCCAAGCUUUUCCCUCUAUAACCCUUCCUUGACUGGACUACUAGAAUGUACAUUCUAUACUUUCUGGUUGAUUCACGUCAUUGAUUCACUUUCAAAAUCCUGCUCAGUUCAGAUCGCUAGAUAUAAUAAGGUCAGAGACAAAUUGGAGAUAUAUAACCCAUAUUUUUGGACUACCUAUUUAUAUUGUUUAUUGUUAUCUAUUUAUUCGACCCAACAUAUCACAAUGUUGUAAAAAAACAGGCGCCAGCACAAAACUUCUUUUCUUCAUUAAUUUAGUAUAUCAAUAUUAGGUACCCAAAAUAGAAAAAGGUAUCAGUAGCUAAAACAUGUGAAGAAAUAAUUUGAAAAGGGUACUUAGACACAAAGUAGAAGAAACCUUUCUUCUCUGUGACUUAGAUCUAUAUUUUUAUUUAUAUUCAAAAGUACGCCUGAAGAAAAAAGACAAUACCCAAAAUAGUGUUGUAUAUCAAUUGCCAUUUUUUAUGUGCUCGAAGGAAUAAAAGCAUUCUUAUUCUUAUUC